AUGCGCCUCUCUGAUCGGGAAGCUGCCCAUGCUAUCCGGGCCAGACUCGAGCCCCUCGGCCGAACAGGCCUCAGCAUCGUCUACACAGAGAAAGGCAAUUCCAAGCCUGCUUUGAAGGCAGCUGGGUUUUGGUUAGACGGUGAAAUCAUGAAGCUGCUAUAUAUGAAGCUCUCGGCUUACAUCCUUAAGUGUAUCGGUAUCGAGUUGAUGUCUGAUGGAGAAGAAGCUUGGGCUUUGCGUCUUGAGCGGGCGCCGCAUGGUAACUUGCGGGAAUACAUUGGAGAGAACGAACCUCCGACAAUGGCUCGUCGCUUUCAGGUAGUCAUCGACUUCACGGAGGCUUUGCAGCAUGUCCAUGAUCGAGGACUCAUUUGGGGCGACGUCUCACCUCGAAAUGUCCUAGUCUUCGAUCAUCUUCACAUGAAGCUCUGCGAUUUUGCUGGCUCCUUUCACAAGGACAAGUUCCCUGAGCUUCUCUUUACAUGCGAGCCUCGUUGUUGGGUGCCAGGACCAGAAGUAGACUUGCCAACUCGAAGUAUACUCGAAAAGGAGCUGUUUGUGCUUAAUACCGCAAUUUGUGAGAUCACAGAGUGGGCUGUCUGUCCCCUUAUGAGUCAAUAG